AGAGGUGUCUUACAUCAGUUUAGUGCGCCUGAAUCUGAGAAACUUCUGAGCGAAAGAAAGAGGCUUGUUUCUCCCCUCAAUCAUUUACGUUACUUGGAAUUAGGAAAGUACGGGACAAAUGGUUUAAAAAGGCAACCCAAACAGAGUGAACGUCCCGUCUCCAUUUGAGAUGAAGCAGCUUUGGAAGAUGCUCUUUCCGCUCCUUAUUCUCCUGUACCUAUUGGGAGCUGUCCGAUCUCAAGUAAAUCCAGGUGUGUGUCGCUCUCCAUUAGGAAUGUCCGGAGGACAGAUCUUAGAUGAAGACAUCUCAGCUACUAGUCAGUGGUCCGACUCCACUGCUGCAAAAUAUGGCAGAUUGGACUGUGAGGAGGGCGAUGGUGCCUGGUGUCCUGAGACACCGCCAGGUGAACCAGAGAAUCUGAAAGAGUUCCUGCAGAUAGACCUUCGUUCUCUGCACUUCAUCACUCUGGUGGGUACGCAGGGGCGUCACGCCGGAGGCAUGGGGAACGAGUUUGCCCAGAUGUACAAGAUCAAAUACAGCCGUGAUGGUAGCCGCUGGAUCUCAUGGCGCAACCGGCAGGGCAAAGAGGUGAUUGAGGGGAACAGGAAUGCCCAUGACAUUGUUCUGAAGGACUUUGAGCCACCCAUCAUCGCACGUUUUGUCCGCUUCAUGCCUGUCAUCGAUCACUCCAUGAACGUUUGCAUGCGUGUGGAACUGUACGGCUGUGAGUGGCUGGAUGGCUUGGUUUCAUAUAAUGCUCCGCUCGGCCAGCAGAUGACUUUCAAUGGACAGAAUGUUUUCCUCAAUGACUCUGUGUAUGAUGGAGCCAUGAGUUACAGUAUGACAGAAGGUCUUGGACAGCUGACAGAUGGUAUGUCUGGCCUAGAUGAUUUUACACACAGUCAUGUGUACAACGUAUGGCCUGGAUAUGAUUACGUCGGCUGGACCAAUGAGAGUUUCCCCAAUGGUUUUGUUGAGAUCAUUUUUGAAUUUGACCGCAUCCGCAAUUUCACCACCAUGAAGGUACACUGCAACAACAUGUUCUCACAAAGGGUGAAGACCUUUCAAAAGGGGGUGUGUUAUUUCCGCUCCGAGUCGGACUGGGAGGCCACGCCCGUAUCUUUCAGCCCUGUGAUGGACGAUGUCAAUCCUAGUGCCCGCUUUGUCACCGUGUCUCUCUACAAUCACAUGGCCAGUGCUAUUAAGUGCCAGUACUACUUUUCUGACAUCUGGAUGAUGUUCAGUGAAAUCACCUUCCAGUCAGAUACAGCAAUGUACAACACAACCUUGGCUCCACCUAUAACUGGCCCUCCAAGACAACCUGGGGAUAACCCCACCCACAAAGUAGAUGACAGCAACACCCGGAUCCUGAUUGGCUGCUUGGUGGCCAUCAUCUUCAUCUUAGUGGCCAUUAUUGUUAUUAUUCUAUGGAGACAAGUGUGGCAAAAGAUGCUUGAGAAGGUGUCUCGGAGGAUGCUGGACGAUGAACUAACUGCUAGUCUGUCAAUACAGAGUGAGACCUUCACAUAUAACAACAACAACAACACUUCUUCAGUGUCCAGUGAGCAGGAAUCUAACUCCACCUAUGAGCGCAUCUUCCCUCUGGGACCCGACUACCAGGAGCCGUCACGUCUGGUCCGCAAACUGCCUGAGUUCUCCCAAACAUCAGAGGAUGCUGCAUCGACCAGUACAGCUUCCAAGACUCCUCAGGCCAGUACACAAGAGGGCGUCCCACAUUACGCUGAGGCCGACAUUGUCAACUUGCAGGGGGUGACGGGGGGAAACACGUAUGCUGUUCCGGCACUUACCAUGGAUCUACUGUCAGGGAAGGAUGUUGUUGUUGAAGAGUUUCCAAGGAAACUGCUCACCUUUAAAGAAAAGCUGGGAGAGGGGCAGUUUGGAGAGGUGCAUUUAUGUGAAGCAGAAGGAAUGCAAGAUUUUAUGGAUGAGGACUUCUCCUUUGAUGUCACUGAAAACCAAACAGUGCUUGUUGCAGUUAAGAUGCUUCGAGCGGAUGCAAAUAAAAAUGCCAGGAAUGAUUUCUUGAAGGAGAUAAAGAUCAUGUCGCGGUUGAAAGACCCCAACAUUAUCCGGCUCCUGGCGGUGUGUAUGAGCUCAGACCCUCUGUGCAUGAUCACUGAGUACAUGGAGAACGGAGAUCUCAAUCAGUUCCUGUCCCGCCAUGAGGCCGAGGGUAUGAUCGCUCUACUCAGCAAUGCUCCCACAGUCAGCUAUAGUAACAUACACCACAUGGCCACACAGAUCGCUUCAGGCAUGAAGUAUCUCUCCUCGCUAAACUUUGUGCAUCGGGAUUUGGCCACUCGCAACUGCCUAGUGGGAAAGAAUUACACGAUCAAGAUCGCAGACUUUGGCAUGAGUAGGAACCUGUAUAGCGGAGACUACUACCGCAUCCAGGGCAGAGCUGUACUGCCCAUCCGCUGGAUGUCCUGGGAGAGCAUUCUUCUGGGGAAAUUCACUACAUCCAGUGACGUAUGGGCUUUUGGCGUGACCCUUUGGGAGAUGCUCACCUUCUGCAAAGAGCAGCCGUACUCACAGCUAUCAGAUGAGCAGGUCAUUGAAAACACAGGGGAGUUCUUUCGGGAUCAGAGGAGACAGAUAUACCUACCCCAGCCACCAAUGUGUCCUGACCCCAUCUACAAGCUCAUGUUGAGCUGCUGGAACAGGAACACCAAAGAGCGUCCAUGCUUCCAGGAGAUUCAUCGCACCCUACUGGAGUGCAAACCAUAGUAUCCACUUAUGUGCCAACCGCAUGGCACUUCCAUAGACUUUCAGUGCCCACAGGACUCCAAUUGACCAGGCACUUAUAUCUUCCCAUCAUAUAUCCAUAAUUGUUCUGUUGCAGUUUGGACAAAUGAUUGAAUUAUGCAGGGUUAUUUUUUACAUUGCCCCCCGAGUGACUUUGGCUGAAAUGUAAUGAACGGGCAGCACUAGGCCCAGAAAUGUAGCAAUGAAUUUUGGCACCUUUAAUUCAGAAGAAUUGGAUUUUUAUACACUGUGUAUUUUCUUCAAGUACCCUACUUUUAAAUGAUGUUAAAUAGAAAAAAAGCUCAAGUAAAAAGGAUAAAACAAACAGACAUUGGCAAUGGUGUGCCUUAUGUGAGUAUUUCCAUGUUGUUUUCCGUAUUUUAAGGCAGAAGACAGCUUGAAUGUAAAUAAAAAUGUUUUUUAAUUGACAUUCAGAUUUACCUUUGGUUUUGUUGUGAUGUCUCAAAAUUUGCAUACGAUCAUCUCAUUUUUGAAAAAUCUAAACAUACUUUGUUUUACCUUUUUCCUCUGUAGUAAGCGGAAUUUUUUUUUCAACCAAGUUAGUUCACAAUCACAGAAGUAUAUUUAUCUGUUUUUUUACAGAAUAGCAAAACCAGUUUAUAAAACCAAUUCAAUUUUUUUAAUUGAUCAAAACUCAUUUUUUGAGUGACAUUGUAAAAUGUAAAAUAUUGGCAUUUUGCAACUACCUAUAUAUU